AUGGACGCUAAAUCUGAACUUGCUUGUACAUAUGCAACUCUUAUUCUCACCGAUGAUGGUAUUGAGGUUACUGCUGACAAACUCAAUACUCUAUUGAAGGCUGCCAAUUGUAAAUUUGUUGAGCCCUACGUGACGAGUUUGUUUGCCAAUGCUCUAAGUGGCCACAAUAUCAGGGGCUUCUUUGCUUCCGCCGCUAGUACUGUCGCUGCUCCAGCUCCAGCUGCCGGUGGUCAAGCCCCCGCUGCUGGUGGUGCUCCUGCCGCGUCGGCCGCUGCUGCUGCUGCGGCGCCCGCCAAAAAGGAGGAAGAAGAGAAAAAAGAGGAAUCGGAAGAGUCAGACGAAGACAUGGGCUUCAAUUUGUUCGACUAG